GGGCGAAGAUGCUCUCAAUACCGCGCAUCACUCCUGAGUGCUGCAAAGCAAGCGCAGGGUAUUCUAAAGUGCCGGCAUGUCCCUGGUCGAUUACAUCAGCGCCUGUUUACAGCUUUGUGUGUGCGUGGCGAGGAUAACGCGUGCGUGAACUUUCAGAGUGGUCUGUUGUCCACUCUCCACAUAAUGCGGCACGUUAUGCAAGCGUGCAGCUAGAUGUACCUUUCAGCAAAUGUAACCUUCUAGAAACCAAAGUUAGGAUUUCCUAUUUUGCCUAACAAAACCGACUACACAACAAUUCUGACAUCAUUCCAGCCCACGUUUGCUUACAGUAAGUCUGUUCUACGGAUAAUGAAGGCAUAGAAGCUUUCGUAAAAUUAAAGCUCAUGUGACUCUUUAAAGAAGAUACUAUGUCAGUUGAGAAGCGUCUUGCAUUCUCCAUUGUCCAGUUUCUUAGAGAUCAAACAAGAUCAGAAGCAUUGAAUUCAGAUGAACAUGAAAGCUUGGAUGUUGCCAUACAGUGCCUGGAGACUACAUUUAAAAUUAGCCCUGAUGAUACCCACUUGGCAGUUUCACAGCCUCUAACAGAUAUAUUCUUAAAUGCUCUCUUUAAGAUUGACAGUCUGUCGAAUGCAAAAAUUUCUCCCUCUCCAGAAGAUGCAGAAAAAGCUGAGCAGCUGAAGAAUGAAGGAAAUAAUCAUAUGAAGGAAGAGAAUUACACCUCUGCAGUUGAAUGUUACACCAAAGCUAUAGACCUAGACCUGAAGAAUGCAGUUUAUUACUGUAACAGAGCUGCAGCUCACAGCAAACUGGGAAACUACACUGAAGCAAGAAGUGACUGUGAGAGGGCAAUUGAAAUUGACCCAACCUACAGCAAAGCAUAUGGACGGAUGGGGCUGGCACUGACUGCAAUGAAUAAAUAUACAGAUGCUAUCACUUAUUUCAAAAAAGCACUUGUUCUGGAUCCUGAUAAUGACACCUACAAAUCAAAUUUAAAAGUUGCUGAGCAGAAACAGAAGGAAGCCUCCAGCCCGACAGGGACUGGUCUGGGUUUUGAUAUGGCAAGUUUAAUAAACAACCCUGCCUUCAUAAGUAUGGCUGCAAGUGUAAUGCAGAACCCUCAGGUGCAACAGCUAAUGUCAGGAAUGAUGUCUAAUGCAGUUGGUGGUCCUGCAGCUGGUGUGGGUGGCCUCACAGAUCUUUCAAGUCUUAUUGAAGCUGGUCAGCAGUUUGCCCAACAGAUUCAGCAACAGAAUCCAGAACUGAUAGAACAACUUAGGAAUCAUAUCAGGAGCAGGUCUUUCAGUAACAGUGCCGAAGAGCACUCAUGAUUUACCCAGAAGAGAAGCUGAAGAUAUUGUGAAAUAAUUGACCAUUUCGUACUGUCAUUUUCUAGAGGACACCACCAUCAGUAGCAGUAGUGAAAUGUGGGAAUUGUUUUUAUAAAGAAGCACAUGUAUAUUAUGGCAGACAGUAUGAAAUGGUAGCUUGUGCUAGAGGUUUGAUCUCUUGGAUGAGUAUAUUGUAUUCAGGGUAAUGUAGUAAACCUAUAAUCAACAGAGAAGGCUGAUGUCAUCACAUCAUAAUAUGAAAACACAUUUAACAAUAGUUUUAUAUGUUUUUAUAUGUUCUAGCAAUGAGUUCACUAUUUGUGCUACUAGUUACUCGAUUACGUGUCUGGAUGCCAGUUACUAACCCUGGUCAAGUUAAGUUCCUUGUGGAGAAAUACAGUUAAUACAAAUGAUCUCACGCUCAUAUCAAAAUGGUACACUUUAACAAUAAUUAUACAGGAACAACUUUCAAUAUAUUAAUAACUGUAUGUGAUAUCAUUACAGUUUCAGGAAAGCUAGUUCUUAGUGUUUGCAUAUAAUGUACAAGGUAUAGUACAUAAUGUGUAAUUACACCAUAUCUAUAUUGUUAUUACAAUGUAAUUAAUGUACCUGUAUUUUGAUGUGAAUUCUUAAAUUCCUAUAUUGUUUUAGGAAAUAAAAAAUAAUUCAACUACAACAUUAUUAACCUUUUCACAAUACUGUUACUUGCAGUGUCUUACUAUCGCAUGAACUUCCAGACAAUAUUGAGGAAAAAUGUAAUGUUAGAAAAACUUCAGUGUGUAUCAGAAGGCGCUGCCGGGGCUGACUCCAAUGUUUCCCUAAUAAAGCCUGGGAACGUCACUGAGUGCUCUUCACUA